CGUGUUUCUACAAUGUUUGAUAUUUAUAAGCAGAAGUAGAUUCAAUGUCAAAGGUCAAAUUAAAUAGUUGUUCAGACGCUUGAUUUGCUACACCUACAAUAUCACAGGGACAACACUACUCCGAUGUGGCGUAUGUUUGUUAGCUGUAUCAACAAGCGCGCACUUGAUCCAGAUCUCAUUCGGUACACGGCCUGAAAGGUUGCUUGGUUUCACGUUCUGGAUCCAUUCAUUAUUUCCUGGAUUUUGGAAAACAGAAACCAGCCUCAAAGAAUGGAUUGAUUUCAUCGGAACCUUCAUCUCUGGAUAAAUUAGGGCUAUAAAUGGAACAUCUGUCAUUAUGAUGUCCCCGCAACUUGACCAUCAGAAUCGGAGCCAAUACAAUAUUUCACACGAUGCACUACCGGACUAUGAUCUAGAGUGUCUGGAAAUCAUUAAUGGAUCUGUGUUUUACAAUCCGUGUCUUUGCAUCCAAGAACCGAAUUUCACCGUCCCAGAGGCAGAUAAUCCCGGCUACUUAACUAUCUUCUCCAUCUUAGCUCCGAUCAUCUCUGCAAUCGGAAUCGUUGGGAUAAUUUUAACAAUAAUUGUUCUUUCCCGGAAAAGUCUGUGCACAUCAACUAAUUGCUAUCUAAUCGCAUUAUCAGUUGCUGAUCUUGGAUUUCUUGUCUUUUUGUUUCCUCGAUUUUUUGAACGUUUCCUCACUGACGAAAAGGAUGGUUUUCUUUUUGGAAUAGUAUUCAACUACACAAGAAUUCCUUUAACGACGUUUCUCAGUGCAUCGGUGUGGAUAAAUGUUGUCUUGGCCGCUGAGCGAUAUGUCGCCAUUGUUCACCCCCUGAGAGCAAACAUGAUCUGCUCCAUCAGAAGAGCACGUUUUGUUAUCAUUACUGUCUUUGUGUAUUCCUUUGUAAUCCGGAUACCUUACUUUUUCGAGAACAAGAUUGAGACCGUGAGACACGAACCUGACUGUGGUGGACCAACAGUAACAUACUCACACACGGCACCCUGGUUAUUCGUGGACCCCAAAGAAAAAGAGAUUUAUCGCUGGGUUGUAGAUUGCACUUUAUCAGCCAUACUACCUUUCUUGUUCCUUUUAAUUUUAAAUACUAGACUGAUUUACGAAAUCCGGGCGUCUACAAAAUACAUCAGAAACAAUGUUGGACUAGACCAUUCGAUGCAAAGAGUUUUGUCAAAUGAGCAACUGAAAAUUUCAGUCAUGCUAGUAUGUUUGAUAAUUAUUUUCUUUGUAUGCGAGGCACCGUAUGUCGUAAUGAAUGCUUUUCUUUACAAAAGUAACUUUGACAGACACACCUUUUAUAUUCUUCUGUAUAUAGCUAUUUUUCUCAUGCCGCUGAAGUCUACAUUUAAUUUUAUUCUGUACUGCUGGUUCAGUGAGAGAUUCUGGGAAACACUAAAACAAAAACUAUGUUUUACAAUCUGUAACCAAGGUCGGCGGAAUUUCAGUACAUCCCGAACAUCAAACUUCAGUGGUGUAUUAAUGACGUCAAAUGGAAGCAAGCGACGUCAUGAUCUGCCUGAACAUGUCGUGUAAUGUAAUUAUAGAGUUGUUUAGUAAUCUGCCUCACUCCUUCUACAAUAUACAAUCAUAUAUUAUAACACAGCAAGCUUUAAUAUCAAUAUCAUAGGGCAUAAAGGAAGAAUUGUUAUUCACAUGUUUAUUGUGGUAUUAUAUUGUUGUCAUGUACCACAGACUUUCUAGACAUAAAGAUAUGUAUUAUUUUCAUUUAAUCUGUCUCAUUCACAUUAUGUAUUUUCAUCAAGAAACAAGUUUACCUUCUCAAAACUAUGUACAAGGUGCAUUUGUUCCUCUUUUGUAAUGCUUACAGUCUUAAAAUUUUAAAAUAUAUAUGUAGAUUGAUUUGAAAAGAAAAUAAUAAUAAAAAAAUGAAUUCAGAAUAUUCUUUCUCAAUAUUGAAAAUCAGUUACAAUACAUUUAGAGAUAUAUUUGCUUAUUCAUCAGUUGUUUGCUGAUAAAUGCAGUGUAAUGUAUAUUAUAGAUGUAUCUUCCAAAAUCUCAAGCGUAGAUGAUAUAUUUUGAUUACAAGUAUUUUAAAGCUGUUUAAGUUAUUACCAUAUAUCUUGUUUCGAUUGUUGUUGUGUAAGAAUACUUAGUACCAGAAUAAUCAACCAAAAUACGAAAGAUUCUCAAAUGUUUAUUUUUUAUUUCAUGCAUCUCAUUGGAAAUCUCUCAUUAUUGCAAGGUCUGAACAAGGAAAUUUAAAUACAGUAUAAUUCAUAGUAAGCGUAUUAUUAAUGUUUUUUUUGUUAUUUAUGACAACUAUAACCCUUCUGUAGUUGUUAAUACUUCGAUCUUGAACUUCUCUACUUCCAAAUUUUACAGUUUAUCCAUAGAAAAGUUACCUCCUAUUUAAAUAUAUUUCUGUCAAGGUCAGUGACAUGUAAAAUUUAAAUUACAAAGCGGUAGAUAGCAAAUUACAUAGCCUUUUUAUGUUAUAAACAGUUCUGUAGUUCUCUGUCGAUGUUUGAUUAAAAUUACCUUACCUGAUUGCCUGCAUUCCUUGCUACUACAUAGGUCCCUAAUUCAAACCACCUUAAAGCUACUGAAUUAGAUGUAAUUUUUCAUUAUGUGAAGUGUUUACUCUUAUCCUUCAGAUGGGGUAUAUAAACUUGAUUAUUAGUUGACGAAACAAGGACAUCAACAGUCUCAAUAAAGUCAACAUUUUGCAAAUUCUAUAUUCUGUACAAUGAUCUUGUAAGCAAAUACAAUCUACUGUUUGGUCUAAUGUUGACCGACUUCUUUCAGAGAAAUUGUAAGACCAUUAUUUUCACUCCAAAUAGUCUACAGAUUUUUCCGUUUUCCCGAUCAUGACGAGGGGCACACGAUGGGUGUGACCGGUUGGCUGGGAAUGCUCACUUCUCCAUGGCACCUGAUCCUUUCUCUAAUGUUUUUAGAGGUUUGUGUUUGCUCUACUCAUAAUUUGUAUUUUAGAAGCACCUUUUAAACAUAUCGUAUGUAAUAUGCAAAGAUCUACUGUUAUUGAAAUAAACAUCAUGAAUGGGA